CUGCGAAGACAGGCAUUCAUUGGUUCAUUGAAGAUCUAUCCUCCUUGCCUUCUUGCCGUGGCAUUAACAAGUGCUCCAAGCAUUCACGACGCGAUUCCCAAAUCACUCUAGCGUGACCCCACCCCAGCCAUCCUACGUCAACCAUCGCUCAACUUCCUGAGACAUCUGCAUCACCCAAACCAUUUCCCACAACACGAUAGAGCUCUAAAACUACAAUUCAGCAAUGUCGUCUCGUUGUUCUAGUAAUGCGCAAUCACUCGCGUCUUCCGUCAAUGUGACCGCGCUUCUAUACGAGCAGUAUCAGAACGCACCGAAAGAUGAUUGGGAUCGGCUCUUGAAAUGCUGGGGCAUCUCUGACUGUGGAGACUGUCAUCGUAGUAAAGGGUCCUGUGGAUGGUGUCCAAUUUCUUCAACGUGUCUUCCUCUGCCCACUGACCGCCUUUCUAGAGCAUUCCCGCUCUUGACGCCAGUCAGGUACAAAGGCAUCUGCGCCGUCGGCUCCGAGCGAUUUGAGCUUAGGACCAGUGGCUUGGGCUGUCAGGUCUCUACGAUCACAUUCUUGACCGCUAUUGUCACUAUCUUUGCGACCAUCUUCGGGCUCUUGGUCAUCUACGGUUUGACGAUUGUCGGCAAAUGGCUCUACCUCGUGAGCCAGGGAAGCAACAACGGCUGGGUUCAGUAUGCAGAUGGCACAGGAGAGGUCUGGAUCAGGAAGGAGAGCUGGGGCAAAUGGUGGAGGAGAACUAUCGGGCGACAGAAAGAGUCUGAAAUUGAAGAGGUAGAUGAGGGUACGAACGAGAUAGGCUGGAAUUGGUGGAGGAUGGCGAAGAGGAGUAUCAACGGAUCUGCUGAUGAAGGACGGGUGCGCCUUGAGUGAUCUGCUCCGACUCAAGCAUGCUGGCUGCUUCACGAUGGACCAAUCCAUUCUUACCUUCACUUACGUCAUCAGUCGCAACAUUGAGUUUCGUUUGCAGUGAACCAGUCCUUCUCUUACCUUACUUUCCAGCGCACGUGCGUCCCCGCGUGGCCCCACUGCAUAAGGUCUGCUCCUCUACCCUGCGCACAUUCUUCUUUCUUAACUCCCACUCACAACCCGACCAGCUUUCGUACAGUUAGACAAUAAACCUUCCAGCUCUGUCA